UCAACGAACCAGCUCUUUGCCGGCUGCAACCACCCACACCGGCCAGACUUGUGUGUCUUUCCAGGAUAGAAAAUCAAAAUUCCAAGAGACAAAGGAAUUUGCCAGAGCCAAUUUUUUGUCUCCAAGUAUCACAUCUGGAAGAGAAGAUGAGUCUCCUAUGCGCCAGUAUGGUUAUUCCAGAAUGACAACUACUUUCUCCGGACACAUCUUAUACCUGAAAGGCCUGCCUGAAAGGAAACUUAGUGCCUUCUAUAGAAAACUGAUGAAGAAGGGCCUGUACCAGCUCGUCACAGAUGUCAUCAUCAUGAUCCGAGUGUGUAAAAUGUUCCGCCAAGGCCUGGGGGGGUUUCGGGAAUACCAGAUCAUUGAGACUACACAGCGAAAUCAGCCUGUCUUCUCUUUCUGGGAUAAAAAGAAGGAAGGCCGGAUCCACUUUGAUACCAUGGACUUCCUUGCAGAGGAGGGCCACUUUCCGCCUAAAGCCAUCCGGAUCAUGAUGAAGAAGCCCUCAUGGAGGACGCACCAAGAGGUCCAGUCCCUCUGCAGCAUCCUGCAGAACCUGGACAGCUUCCGCAAUUACUCAGAGAAGCUGCAGCUGUUGCUGGCCAAGAUCAUGCGAUUUGAAAGGUUUGGCCGCAGGCGCGUGAUCAUCAGGAAGGGACAGAAGACCAACUGCUUUUACUUCAUCUACCUGGGCACAGUGGCAGUGACUGAGGAUGAGGAUGGCAGCAGCGCCUUCCUGGACCCCCACCCAAAACUGCUGUGCAAGGGCGACUGUUUUGGGGAAGUGGGCUUACUCAACACGUCCUUAAAGAAGGCCACUGUGGUCUGCAUGGAGGAGGCGGAGUUCCUGGUGGUUGACAGAGAGGACUUCUUUGAGUACAAACUGGAUGAGGAAGUGCAGAAGGAUGCUCAGCAUCGGUUUGAUUUUUUUAGGGCGAUGGACCUGUUUUACUCGUGGCCAGAAGAGAAGCUCUGGCAGUUCGUGUCCAUGGGGAAGCUGGAGAAGUUCUCCUAUGGGCAGCUGAUCUCAGCGGACUUUCGAGAAUCAGGCUCCAUCAUGUUUAUCUGCAAGGGCACCUGUGAAGUCCUGCGCCUGGUGGAACUCUCCAACUCCAUCUUCUAUUACAAAUGGAUCUGGCAGCAGCUGCAUCUCCUAGAGGCCCACUCCCUGAAGACUCACUUAAUGGAACCUUCUCCGGAGGAAAGAUUCAGGCAGUUCCAGAUCAGAUCCUUCCCCCAUCAGGACUACAGCCCCCUGAAACUCCUGCAUCUGCAGAACGCCAGGAGGCCCCCGAAGUUCAGUCUCAGUGAAAUUAAUACCGAGGCGAGCACCCUCCCAAGGACGCUGGGCCCGAAGGUCAACUCCAGGACUUAUCAAACUCUCAACUACCCGAUGAUUGAUACGAAACAUGGCAAAAUCCCCAAGGAGGCUGCGGUGGGAGCCUACCUCAGCAUCCGCACCGUGGAGCAGGGAGAAACCAUUGGCCUUCACCAGAUCCUCCUGCCGGAGAGCCAGCAGGACGUCAGGCCCCUCAUCCUCGUGAGCCUGGGAGUUGAGUUGAUUCGGAUGAGCAGAGAUCAGUUUUACAAAAUGUUCGACGAGGAGGAGAUGAAGAGAAAGCUGUUAAGGUACCAGAUCCAGUACCCCAGCGAUGAUGAGAUUUGCCAGAAGUUCCUCAUGGAGAACAGCUGGAAUGUCUUCCGGAAGGACCUGAUACGUCUGCUGGUGUCCUCUCCUAAGUGUCGGUCAUUUACCCCAAAAGCCCCUGAGAAGAAAGGGAUCUUCAACCCCAGGUCCGUGUUCUUGGAUUUGGGUAGCUUGAACAAGACAGACCAUCCAUACCCCAUUUUUAUGGCACCCCAGAAAUUCCUCCCCCCAUUGAGAAUUGUCCAAGCCAUCACGGGACCCCGGUACAAGAUCCAGGACGUGCUGCCUCAGUAUAAGAAUGCGGGCGUCCUUAUUUAG